AUGAGCAUUGAAAUUCAACAGAUAACUGAUCAACGGCGUGGACGGUAUGUUCGAGUGAGUGAUAUAGAUCGACGGCAAUUAAUUGAUGCAUAUAAAAGCGGAGAAGAUUUUAUUGCAUUAGCGAAAAAAUUAAAUAUUAAACGUUCAACAGCACGAAGUAUACUACGAACAUACAUUGAUGAAGGCCGUAUAUCAGCUAAACAACGAGCUGGUACUAGAUUGCGUUUUAUUACGGAAGAAGAGGCUGAAAUGAUUAGAGAAAUGAAACGUCGUCAUCCAUUGAUAACAAUUGGACAAAUUCAAAUGAAAUUACAGCGAACAUCAAAUCGUGUUUUAAGUAAAGCGUCCAUAUCGCGAAUAUUAACGAACAGUAUAAGAUUAGGAAAACGUGCAAAACGAUCGAUGGAUGGACAAGAGGACGAUGAAGGAGAAAAAUUAGAUAAUGAUGAUAGUGAAAUGAUGGUAUUGGAGGAGGAGGAUGGAUUAAUUGAGAUUAAUGAAAACGAAGAAAAUGAAAAUGAUGAAUUACAAAAUUUAGAAGAUUUUCAACGAUUUAUGUGGAGAAAAGCAUCGAAUAACGGUGAGGAUGGUACAACUGUUACAGGAGAAAAUGGAUGGGAUGCGAAAGAACACUUCAAAGAUGACGAUAAUGUUAGUCAUUCGUAUCAAGGAUACGAUACCGUUUGGACUGGUUACGAAAGCGAAGAAGAUGGAGAAGAAGACGAUGAAGAUAAUGUAACGGAAAAUAUCAGUGUGACAAAUGAACAACAUUCGGGAACAUCACCUCCUCUGAUGAAUGGAGCCACUGUAAGUGAGAAUGGCUGUUGGAACCUAAGUAUAGUCAAAUCAGAACCCGUCUGCGUAUUUCUAAAUAGAAAUUACGAAAAUUCAUCAGACAGUGAAGAUUUAAAUACAUCCCAACAAUCGUCAAUGAUAGUAAAUGGCCUACCAGAUAAUCAUGAACAGAAUGCUACAAUGGAGAAAAACAUAAUUCAAAAAUCUAUUCAGUCAAACUCAACUCGUGGUACAAAAGAUUGUCCGAUUUGUGGAUUAAAAAAUUUUUCACGUUUAUCUCAUCAUUUAACUGUAGCACAUAAUCUAAAUCGUCAAGAAAGUCAUUCAAUAUUAUCUUAUACUGAUUUACAUAAUGAUGAUCAUUCUCCAGGUUCAAAUACGACGAUUAAUCAUCAUCAUCAAUCAGCAACAACAUCCGAUAAAUCUCCCCAACAAACACCAAUCAAUCUCAAUGCAAACAAUCAAUUAAAAUCCCCAAUUGAGUCAAUAUCUUCCUCACCUGUGACAACUGCAACAGCAUCUACCACUACCACCAUUCCAAUAUCAACGACAACAAUAACUUCAUCUCCAUCGUCAGCAGUCGAACAGCAAUCGUAUGUUCCACUUGAUGGUAAAAAGCGUCUAUUGUGUCCGCGUUGUGAUACAUGGGUACUUAAUUUAACCGAUCAUCUUAUCAAAAAACAUCAUCUUGUCUCUAAACAAGAACGUUUACCAUUUUUGCGUUUAGCAAGAAAUCGAUAUAUUCCCGGUUCGUCAACAGCAUCAUUAUUGACGACAGAAAAACAAAAUGCUAACGAUAUGAAUGAUUCCAUCAAAAUAACAAAUGUCACUCAACAUCCGUUUGUUAUCAGUCCGGAUUAUUCAGUUAAUGAUCCAGAUUCAAACGGAAAAGACAAACAGGAAACAGCAAUUUCGGCUAAUGAACAACAACAACAACAACAGCAACAGCGAAAUAACGAUAAAGACUAUCAAAAGAAUGUUAAUUUCCAACAAGCAGCUAAAAGAUACCACAAAAUUGUCAAAAAAUAUCGAAAAAAAUUUAUGAAUGUAACGGCACAAUCAUCGACAAUACAAGAUAAAAACGAGCAUUUGGUACAGAAUGGUACAAAUAACCAUCAAGAUGUGCAAUCUCGACACUCAGAUGCGAAUAAUAGUGACAUGAAUAUGAGAACAAAUGUAGAAAAUAAUAACAAUUUAUUAACUGUUCACUCAUUAUUAGGACAACAAACUGGAUUCGGAUUGAAAUCAACAGAAAAAUAUAAUCCAAAAUUUAUUAAUAACAAUGAACAAAUUCAGAGAACUUUAUCGAUGAAAACAAAUAAAGAUCAGGCAGCAACAAAUCAAAAAUUUGAACAACGUUUAAUAGUUUUUCGUCAGCAAUUUGCUGUUACAAUUGCUAUGCAACAAAGUUUAAUGCAACAAAUGGAAUUAUUACAGCGAAGUUUUGUUUGUAUCGAAGACGAAUGGAACGAUAUGAAACAGAAAAUAUCAGUAUAA